AUGGCGUUGUCGCCAUCGUCUGCGCCAACUAGCCCGCUCCCGCGGCAGCUGCUGCGGUACGCGUCGUCCCAGCUCGUCGCCGCCCUCCGUCGCCCAGCUCCAAUCAUCAGUCUGCCGAGUGCGCCGCGGGGAGUGGAUGCGGCUGCGGCGGCGUCCCCGCGGCUCCGGGCGGCGAGCAGGGCCGCACCCGCUCCUUCCCCGAAAGGGCGUCCCGGCGCGCCGAGGCAAGGCAGCGGCGGACAAGUCCACGCCGCUCCGGCGAUGGCGACGAUAGCGCGCGUGGUUACGCCUAUGCGACGGCCCACGCCGCCUGGUCCCCCGGCGCUGGGCAGCGGCGGCAGAACGAACGCUGUGACGACGGCGGCAACCGCGGCCGCGCACGUGGUGAAGCGAGGACCUGCUCCACCAGGCCGCCCUGCGGAAGGCAGCGGCGGAAAAGUCCAUGCCGGGUCGCCGGCGGCGACGGCGCGUGUGCUUAUGCGAGGGCCCGCGCCGCCUGGUCCCCCGGCAGAAGGCGCCGGCGGCCGUGGUGGAAUCAUCCAUGCUGUUGCUUCUUGA